AUGAAUAAUAGUAUUUUAGGGGUGUUGGGAAUACCACUGGAGAUUUACUUUGAAGGAGUGUUUGAUGUAGAUGUCCAGGCAGAUGCAUUGAAGCGAAUAGAGGAGAAGACAUUCUUCCGUCUUAAAGAAGACAUGGAUGUGGAUGGCUUAGUAUCCGGGAUAAUAAAGGACACAAAUUCGACAAUGGAUACCCUGCGAAACGCUAUAGGAAAGGGGCUGUUUGGAGAGAGAUUCAGGUUUAUGGAUGAGGUUAUUGUAGUUGUGUGCCCUGAAAGAAUCAGUGUUGAUGAGAUGUCCAAGCACUGUGUGCCUAUUGAUGAGAUUAUGGGGGAGAAUGUUGAAGAGGUGUUCAAAAGAAUCAUAAGUCUUGAAGGAGAAGCAAGAAUCAAAAGACAAAGGGGCCGAUGGAGCUUUAAAUCUUUGGCAGACAUCUUCAAAAGCAAUCCUGAAGAAGAUAAAAGACUUGCAGACGGAUUGUUUCUUAUGCAAAGAUACAAGGAGGCAUACAAGGUGUACUCAAGGUACAACGAUACAGGCGAGUUUUCACAGUAUUGUAUUGAAAUGUCUGUUUACUGUCUAGUUUUAUCAAAGAAGCCUGUUCCAUCGAAUCUCAUAAACAGCCUUGGGAUGGUUGGGGCCAAGAGCAUACGGUUGGUUAGAAUGAUGGCCAUAACUAUGGGUACUAAGAAUACUGUAGCCUUAGAGAUACUCUCUUUACUUGAUCCAGAGUCUCUAUUCAAAGCCUUUGCUCAGGAAAGCCUAGCCCAGGCCCUCGACAAGAAGUACUCUAGAAAAAGGAUAGAAAUGUGGUUCUACUCUGCUUUAAGAUUUUAUGAUUCGGGGCAUUUGGACAGAUCUGUAAGAUGCUGCGAAUAUUUUCUUAACCUUGCUGACUCCACUCUUUUGAAAGCAAGUUUAUCUACUCUUGCAAGAGGUGGGCUGGUAUACUCCAGUAAGUACAUAAGGAGAGUUCUUAAGUCAAUGGAGGAAGGGUCUAGGAUGAGUACCGAGGAUAUGAUAUCCAAAGAAGAUGAAGGGAUUGUAGCUAUAAGGAGAGAAUGGCAGGGAUCGGCUUGUAACUUCCAAGGGGUUCUGAAUGUUUCAGAAUCUAUUUUCUUGGAAUGCAAGAGAAGAGGUUUUGUGAGCAUUUCGAAUGCAGAGGACAAGACAGUGAAAGUUUAUCAUACAGGGGAGAGCAUCCCUUUUGAUGGCCCAGGAAAGUUUUAUAUAAACUACGUUACUUUUAAUAUCGAUGGGAUUGAUCAGAAGGUAAAUAUGGGAAUUCCGUUGGAUAUCAGAGAGGAUGCGCUUUUCAUGCAUCUGGAGAUGAAAGAUGUAUGUGAAGUUUUCUGUGGAGAACUAUAUUUUCUUUUAUGUAAGGUUAUUAGAAACCAUAGAUCAAGUAUUAGGGUUUACUUUGAUAACAAAGAGUUCACAACUGAUAAGGAUAUGUUCAGUUUUGAGAUAUUUUUCCCAAGUGUUGGAGUUUACAUCCGUAGGGUUAUCAUAGAAGCCUCUGGAUGCAUUGCAUACAAGGAUGUGAAGUUUACUGUUGUUCCAUCGUUUUCCAUAGACAUUUUCAAUUAUAAACAUUGCCUUCCUUUGUUAUUUCUAAAGGUUGAAAGUUAUACUGUAGAGGGCUCAAAAUUAAGGUCCUUAUCAGUGCUCAACAAUAAUCUUGAGGUUGCUAGUGUGGAAGUUAUAAGUCCUUCGUCUUCUUAUAAGGACUAUGCUGUUGAGUACCUUAUCAGGAACAUUGUUGGAACCAACGAUGGCCUUAGCGAGCUUCCAAAGGUUAUGAAGGAAGAGCCCCCAUCAUAUAAAGGACUUCAGAAAGUACUGCAAGCCAUGGAUAGAUCUCCCCCUGUUAUAUCUGACCUACUUUUCAGUGACCUGAUGCCAAGGAUGAAAAAUGAAAUAGUCUUGCCUGGAAGGAGGACUUGUUCUAUAUGUGUCUUUCUUCAAGGGAAGAAGGGCCUGAAAGAGCUACUAAAGUUAAAAAAUGAAACCUUCAACAAGAUGGAAAUAUCGAUGGUUGACAAAACAUUGCUUUCCGGUUCAAAACUCAGAACAAGGCCUGAAAGUUCAGGAACUGCUGACAACUUUUCCAUAGGAGACUUUCUGGGGGUACCAAUAAGAGUAGAGAUUGAAGUAUCUCCAAAAAGAAUAUGUAUAUUCAUGUUAGAUGGGGCACUUAAGACUUUGUUUUCCAAGCAAAAAGACUAUGGGUGCAUAUCUAGGUCUAAAAAUCCGUUUGUUUACAUAACACAUUUCUCAUCUGUACGGGUAAAUGAGCCUACCAUAAUAUACCUGUGCAUAAGUAACUAUUAUGAAUACCAUGUCCUAAAUGUCAAAAUAUCAUCUGAGACAAUAGCUGUAUGUAGAGAAGAUUCCACUUUCAAUGUCGAGGAACUUUCGUUUUCUCUUUUUGAAAUCCGAUGUGUAUUCAAAGAAAGAAAGAAGUAUGGAUCAGAUGACAUUGGGCUUUCAAUAAAGAUCGGAAGUGAAGAGAUCAACUAUGAGUGGCUAGUCGAGCUUCCAUCCGUUUUGUAA